CUAUAUCCUAAAUAAUACACAUAAACAAAUUAUAUUCUUUACUAUACAAAAGUUGACUUUUCAAACUAAUUGAUACUACUCCUAGGUACUCAUACGUACAUAUAUAUGUUCACAUAUAUGCGUAGAAGGGUAGAACUCAAUUACCUAAACCCUAAGCCCAGAUUGAUGCUUAUAUAUAUAUAUAUAUAUAUACACAUAUACUCCGUAGUUGAAAAACCUACAAACAUAUACUCGCCGCCCUAUACCAGCUAAACUCACGAGAGAAAAACGGCGAGGCUGAGAGAUGGCCUGGGUCGCGAAGGAGAAAAGAGGAGGGCCAGUUCCGCCGUGGAGAUUUAGAGCUGCGAGUCCGGACUGAUUUGCUACCCACUAGUAUGUAGAAAAUAUAUAUAAACACACCUAUACGAUUAUUCUGCUGCAAAGAGAGAGUAAAAGAGAAAGAUAGAUGAAGAAAACCGAAUGUUGUCGGAGGAGAAAUGGCUUGCCGGAGUUGCCGCCGGACUGGUCUUCGCGCCGUAGAACGAAGGAGAGAAUAUAAGGGCCGUCAUCUUCGCUGCCUCACGCUGCCGCAGGAUGAGCAACGCCGGAGGUAGACGACGAGUUUUUAGCCGACUCUUAACCACCUUGGUUACAGUUGACUGGCCGAGUGAAGACGACAUUGUUGGUUUCGUACAGAACUGCUGGAACGCGUCGCCGGUUCGCUGCACCGCUGCAAGACGACAUAUUCGUUGGAGAGCCGCUGCUGCCAUGGCCGGAGUUCCUCCCCGGUUCUUCGCUGCUGAAACAACGAAGAAGACGAUCCAUAUGUAUGCCUUACCGCUGCUCCGUGUGUAUGCCUUACUAGUGCUCUACAAGGUGAAUUUGGAGAAGAUCAAGAUAAAUGCUUCGAAUAAGAUUUACCGUGAAUCAAGGUAAGUUUUUCUGCCAAUCCAAAAUCGUUUCCUCGUAUUAUAUAUGUAUUAUGUGAUACGUGAUUUUAAUGUGAGUUAUGAUGUAUGUGCAUGAGAUUUUGAGAUUGUUCGAUCUGUGAUAUUUGAGAAGUGAAACUAAGUGCUUUUGGGUAUUAAAUAUUUUAUUUAAAUAUUUUCGAGCCAGUUUGAGAAAUUGAGGAAUAUUUUGAAGUAUAUUAAAUCAAGAUAAAAGAAUGAUUUCAUAAAAAGUGAGCACCACAGGAGAAAUCCGUGGUGUCGGUUUUCCACAUCCGGAUAAAUGUGGAGGGUGAUUAGAGCGGCUACUACUAAGAAGUACAGUUUGAGUAACUUUCGGAUCGAUGAUCCCUUUUAAGAAGGAGAGUUGUGGUAGUAGUAGUAGUUCCGACGUAAAAGGCCUGCUACUGCUAAGGGUGAGGAUAAGUUUUGAGUGAUAAUUGGAUCGAUGAUACCUUUUAAGAAGAAGUUAUAGUAGUAGUUCCUAAUGAUUCAAGAAUUUUAAAGAUGGGGUGGUUGGGUUCCGACCACUCGGGAUGACUUACUACUCGGAGGGCUUGGAAUCCCUUUUAGGGGGUGUGCACACUUAAGGUAGUCGUUUCGUUUCCGCAAGAGCAGUUGUGGUACCGACACUUGUUCGGGGUGGCCGUCCGUAACCACGGUCCACCGGACUCAGUCGAAAGGUUGAGCACCGCCCUUCUAAAUUACUAGGAAGGUAGUGAAAAAGAGAUUUUCUUAAGAAAUUUAAAGAGAUGAAUUACUAUGAUAUUUUCGAAGAGAAGUUGAGAGUUUUAGUAAAGAAGUGAUUUUGAGAAAAAUCAAAGAGGAGAGAAUUUUGGUGGAGUGCGUUAUUUUUAUAUAAUAUUAUAUAAAAAUCUAUUUUAGUCAAACCUGAUUAUUUUACGGGGUUGGGUAGUACUUACUUAGCUCUAAAGCUAAUUUUUGUUUUCUUUCUUUUGCUUUGUUUCUGCACUUUAUUUGUGCAGGUGAUGAUGGUUAUGUUGAUUGCUGAAUGCAUGCAUCUGAGAGCGAAUUAGAAGUUGCUUUAGUCAAAUCUAGUCAUGAAAUAAACAUUUAAUUAUUAUUACAUAAGUUUUUGUUGUUAUGCUUUGGGUUGCCUGUGCAUUCGGUUAAGAGAUGACUAAAUGUGGCGGUAACACCCGUUUUCCUAUUAAGACUUCCGCUGUAUCUCUCUGAUGUUUUCAAAUAAAGUUGAUAAUUCUUUUAAAUAAAUCAUUUUUUAAAUGUAUUUUUGGGCGGGAAAUUUAGGGGUGUUACAAAUUGGUAUCAGAGACCAUUGUUUUUCAAAAUCUUUUUUUAGGUUUUCAAAAACUAUUUCAAUUGACUUAAUUAUUUUUUUAAUUAGGAUUAAAGAACCCAAUUAGGAAUAAAGUUAAGGCAUAGGAUCGCGGUGAGACUAUGGGAUGCUUGAUUUGUUAUUAUUUAUGUUGGAUUAAUUUUGAUGACAAGAGAAUUAUGUGAAAUUAUGUGAACCUUAAUUGUUGCCUGAGAUAGGUGUAUUAGUGAGAAGAACUCUAGG